AUGCUUUUGACACCACAUUUCAAGAAGUUCUCUAUUGUGGCAAAGAAUGCUGGCACUGUCACACUCAAUCAUUUUUCGAGAGUACUUUCUUUUGUUGGACUGCGCAUUGCUUCAGAGGAGUUUCUUCUACUACUUAAGAAGUUCUUGAAAAGUGGUUAUACAGUGAAUUACAUUGCAUUUGUUAAUGCAAUUGAAAAUAUCAUUCUAGACCUUGAGAAACAUGGAGAGCUUGAAGCAUUAGGGGACAGGGUGUCCCAGUAUCCUGGUCGUUAUCUGUCAGCUGAGAUGCCAAAAUUACCACGACCUGAGUUGGGAAAAGUUAGCUACCCUGCCCAACAUAGAGACAGCCAUAAAAAGAGGGGUUGCAGACACAAGAUGGACAGCUCAAAAGGACAGAUGAUUGUGUGCUGCCAAUUCCUUAAGAUGUGCAAUGCAACACACACUGCAUUGACAACCUACCCACCAGAUGAAAGUGCAGAUCAGCUAGUCAGACGGUUGCAGCAUCAUGUAUUGAGUGAAGGAAUUCGAACUCGUGAAGUUUUCACAGACAAGGAUCCUCAUAAAACUGGUCGUGUGACACGAGAACAAUUUCGAUGUGCUCUGGAUAUGCUGGGAGUUGCAGGAACACAACGGCUAUUUAUGUCUGAGACUGAGAUCCAUUCACUAGCUGAUGCUUAUAAAGAUCCAGAUAAUGAGUCAUAUAUUUGCUGGGAUAGAUUUGUGAAUGAUAUUGAUAAAGUUCAUGGGCUCGAAAAAUUUCCCUGCUUGCGUGUGGAGGUGCCUCCAAAUGGCGUUCGUGAUGUUCCACAGAGGGGUGCUGUACAGCCUGGGACACCUCUUCCUAAACUUUGUCAGGAUGCACUGGAUAAUAUUAAAAUACAGCUCAAAGAACUCAGUUGUCAGCUCCGUCCUGGAUUCAGCAACUACGACAACAUACAGACUGACGAUCUAGACUUGGAUCAUGCCAGCUCACUGCCCCUGCUGUCUCAGCAGUGGAGCUAUACUCGUGUGCAGCAGGACCAUGUUCAACACCAGAAGGAUGCAGAAGGAGCAUAUAACUCAGUGUUAAGCAUUUUAGACAGCCAGUCAUCAGGACCUCUUGAAGAUAGCAACGAACGCAGAUGUGGUCAUGUUAGUCCAGAACAAUUUCGACAAGCCUUGCAAGUGGCUGGACUGGAUGUUCCUGGAGAUCAGCAAACUUGCUUACUGCAGUACUUUAGUGAUGACAUGGGAUUCAAUUAUCAAUCCUUUCUUCAAGCUGUUGAACCUCUGGAUAAUCCACCAUUGUAUGAGAAAUAUUUGGAACAAGUGAAAAGAAUUAAUGCUCCGAGACCAGGAAGAAAACCUUCCUCUCAGGAGACAAACAUAGUUGAAAUAAUGGCAAAAAUGAAAUCAAAGGUUGUCAAAAAUCGGAUGAGAAUUAUAGAAUUUUUGAGGAACUUUGAUCGCCACAAUCAACAAUGUAUCUCAAAGGCAAACUUUGCUCGGGGUUUGGAUCCAUUAGGAUUGCAACUUACUCCAACAGAAGUUGAAACACUUGCUGAAGUAUUUGCAAGCCCUAAGCAACCAGGAUUUGUAGAGUAUCUUCGUCUGGUUGAAGCAGUUGAAGAAGCUGUUACACAGGCAGGACUUCAAAGAGCACCUACAAUUACUCCAAUACAGCAUCUGGCAAUUAAUGAUGGUGAUCACAAUUUCCUAAAUUUUGAGGAACGGCAGAUGGUUAUACGUGUUCUUGAGCGGCUGGCAAGGCAUAAUGAAUACAACUUUAUUUCAGCUUUUAAGGACUGGGAUCCUGCAAACAUUGGGACAAUAUCAAAAGAGCAGCUAUUCAAAGUUUUUUCAGUACUGGGAAUUGCUUCAUCAUUUUCUGGUCAAGAAAUUGACAUUCUAACCAAGUGUUUUGGUGUUGAACGUGGCCUCCGAUUAGAAGUUGACUACAGAGCACUGUGUCAUGUGCUUGACAUUUUACAUAAUACGAGCAGAGCACAUGCCGCCUAA